ACAUGCAAGUCCCUUCAUUGAAGAGAACGGAAAUAGUCGGGACAGUAACUUAUUUCUUUUGAAUGUUUUGUAUAUAUGUCUUAUGGCAAAGUGCUUAGUGUAUUUCGAACCGUUUUUCCUGUUUCUAGUAUGUCUUGGAGUGUGUUUGUGCCAGUGCAAAGAUAUCCGACAUUCCUCGGAUGACGACCUCUUGUUACCCUACACCAAAUCCCACGGUCCGUCUCAUUCCCACCGCUACGUGAGGGACUGCCAGCCUGUCGCCCACGGCACUGUAACCCAUGAAACCCAGGCAGCAAGCAAACACUCCAACUCCCCAGUGUUGGAGUCGAAUAUAUUCAUCUCGGACAUCACAGACGACUCUGGCACUCAUAGAUGGGUGAGCGGGCACAUAACAAAGGUGCACGACCCACUAAGAUCAGUGUCUGUUCUUGAACCAGGAGGCCCUGGAGGGUGCGGGCGCAACCACAGAGAGCUGGUUGAGGUCACUGCCAAAACUAGAAAGUGUCUGGUUGCCCAGAACGGAGGUUACUUUGACACUCACUCCGGACAGUGUUUAGGAAAUAUCAUAAGUGAUGGAAAACUGGUGAGGAACAGCGGAGGAAUUCAAAAUGCUCAGUUUGGCAUUAGAAAAAAUGGGACACUGGUGUUUGGUUACCUGUCAGGCGACGAUAUUAUGGAUCAGGAAAACCCCUUCGUGCAGUUAAUCAGUGGUGUGGUGUGGCUGCUGAGAAAUGGUGAGAUCUACAUCAAUGAAAGCAUCCAGGCAGAAUGUGACAAAACACAGGAGACCGGACAUUUUAGGCACUUUGUGGAUGUGAUAUCUGCCCGUACGGCAGUCGGUCAUGACAAGGAGGGAAAUCUGAUCCUCUUCCACGUCGAUGGUCAGACGGAUGUAAGAGGGAUGAACCUCUGGCAGGUGGCAAAGUUCCUAAAGGAGCAGAAUGUCAUUAACGCUAUUAAUCUGGAUGGAGGUGGAUCAGCUACUUAUGUCCUCAACGGAUCCCUGGCCAGCUACCCUUCAGACCACUGCAACCCUUCAAAGUGGCGCUGCCCGCGGGCCGUAUCCACUGUGCUGUGUAUUCACGAGAGGCUGUGCCAGCCGGAGGACUGCAGUGGGCAUGGGCGAUGUGUGGAGGGCCAGUGUGUGUGUCAGCAUGGCUGGAGCAGGCCCGGAUGUGCCAAUCUUACAUGCCAGGCUGAAUGUGGAGAGCACGGGAUCUGCACUGAGAACGGUUGUGUUUGCGAUGCUGGAUGGAUGGGUUUAAACUGCAGCCAAGUAUGCGCGGCAGGUUUGUAUGGCGAUGGCUGCAAUCAGACAUGCACAUGCGCAAAUAGAGGCUCAUGUGAUCCUGUCCACGGCUGGUGCACCUGUCUUGCUGGCUUCCAUGGGGAUUCCUGUGAGCAGGAAUGCCCCAUUGGUUUCUAUGGGCUGAAUUGUAAGCAGCUUUGCCAGUGCCAGGACAUGUGCCCAUGUGAUGCCGCCACUGGAAGCUGCAACACCACAUACCAGGGAGAGAGAAACAUCAGCCUUCACAGAGCUGGUCACUGCUUGGCUACCCAGAUGUGGAGGGAAUGGAGACAUGAGGAGGAAGCUCAGGCUCCCAGACCCUAUUUAUCAGAACAAAGCUGGCUGGUUGUCUGCUCAAUCCUGGCAACGUCGCUGCUGGCCAGCCUCACUGGUAACCUUAUCCAGACGUGCAGAAAAUGCAAAGUGCGCAGGCAGAGGGCGGACUACUCCUACUUGCCGCUAGGAGAGAUCAACGGGGCCACAGAGCAGGAGAUGAAGUCUGGGAAAGUUCUGUUUCAGAAAGAGGACUCGGAUUCGCAAGACUCUUCAUAAUGUGUUUGGAAAUGCAUGCAUGAGCGCGGGUUCAUGCAAGUGUGCCAUCCAGCAGAGCAGAGCAGCACAAGCUCUCAUUAGUCUGGGGUUUGUUUGCUCAUGCUGGGAAUCUGUGAGCUUUUGGAAAGGCGUAGGAUCGGGGUGUCCAAGUGGACAAUGAGAUGGGCGUUAGUGUCCAAACAGCUGUCUGCGCGCUCACAUUCACCCCUGCUGAGCCUGGAGACUCCAGCCAACUCUGCUCAUAACAUGCCAAGUGCCCUGAUUGUGCAGUUCGACUGCAUUUUGGACACUUUUGAAUGAACUGCUAGCGAUGCAAGAACCAGUUUUUCAUGUGUGUGUAAAAUAGUAUUUCAUUGGCCUCAAUGAAGCCUUUCAUUUUGGUCUUGAGGCGAGAAGAGAUCCAGGAAGAAAAAUAAAGAGCAAUAUCACCACAAAGCCUUUUUUGUUGAGAUAACGACAGUUGUUCCACCUGUUUCCAUAGGAAUAGACUGCUUUUGAACUAUGAACUUUUUUAUUUUGGCACAAUCCUUCCUGCAGGAACUUGCUGAACUGCUAUUAUUGAAUGUUUUUUUUUUUUGCUCUGCAGAGGUCAUUCAGUUCAUUUUGAUUGCACCGUCAGCCUUUUUGUUUCUAUAAACUGCCAGCCUUAUCAGGGUUUUGUUGUGUGUGUCGUCUUUAAACGUGCCACAGAAACAUGCUAUAAAAAAAAAAAAUGGCCUGGAUUGUUUUCACGCUCUCUUGGAAAGCAAGAACGCACAGAGUUGCUUUGUUCUAAAGCAAUAAAUCCAGGCUUUAAGAGGACGUUUGUCAGCUUCUGUUUUAGCUCUAAACUGUGAGACAAAUGUUAUGGAAGAGGAACAUUUACUCGGGUUAGUAGUUCCUGUGCUGUUUCCUGUUUACCGUUAAAUAGAUUUAGACUUCACUUUAUUUAAAGGGGUGGUCCAGAGUGUAUAUUUAAGGCUUGGUUGUGUUUAUAAGAUGCAAAAGCAAUGUGUGCUCAUGCUUCACUUGUAGAAAAAUCGCGUUAUUUUUUCCACAUCUCUUAUUUUGAUUAUAUACAGCUACUCCGCUAACAUGAAAACGACUGUCAUAUUUCCUCUGAAAAGUCCGCCCUCAAGAGGCUCUGAUUGGUCAGCUAACAUAAUGUGCUGUGAUUCGCGGAUUGGCUCUACAUCAUGAGGAAAUGCGUCAUGCACUUACAAGCACACACUUUUGCGAUGUGUAAACACUCAGAGUAGCUGUUAGCCGUAUCAGUUUGAGCCUGAAUCAGACAGAAAAUGACUCCGAGGACACAGCUGAACCUCAGGCCUGCUCUCUAAAAUAAAAUCUGACAAGUGUCUUUCACAUAUAUUCGGGUUAUAAGCAUGUGUAAGUAAUAUGAAACAUUCACAUAUCUUUUGUGAGUUAGUUAUUUGAGAUGUAGAACGCACGGAAAGUGGCCGCAUAGAGAGAAACUGCAGCGCUGAUGAAGAUUGUGUGCGUUUACAUCGGUUUGACGAAUAAAUCUUAAUUUGUAGCUAAAUUGUUAACGAUGUCAAACAGCAUUUGCCUUUGUUUACAUCCUUUUUUACGUCCUCGCUACAACAUACCGUUAACGCUAGAAACUGAUGCAAAAAAUAGAUCAAUUUUAACACAUAAAAAUACUUACAGGUUGUGGCUCACAAUCAACAGCUAUUGUAGUCUAUUAUGGUUGGAGUUUUUAGCCGAAUCCAGCACUGAACUGUCCUUUGUCAAAUAUUAGAGCAUUUAAUUCAAAGUCAAAUAUUCAUUCAUUUUCUUUUCGGCUUAGUCCUUUUAUUAAUCUGGGGUCGCCACAGCGGUAUGAACUGCCAACUUAUCUAGCAUGUGUUUUACACAGCGGAUCCAGCUGCAACCCAUCACUGGGAAACAUCCAUACACACUCAUUCACACACAUAAACAACGGACAAUUUAGCCUACCCAAUUCACCUAUACCGCAUGUCUUUGGACUUGUGGGGGAAACCCACGCAAACACUGGGAGAACAUGCCAACUCCACACAGAAAGGCCAACUGACCAAGCUGAGGCUCGAACCAGCCACCUUCUUGCUGUGAGGCGAAUGUGCUACCCACUGCGCCACCGUGCAGCCAUUAGAGCGAUAUAUUUUUUAUAAUUUUCUGCAACAUAAUUAAAAUGGAAUUAAGCAAUUCUGUCUUUGUGUCGUGUCCUUUGGAAGCCCAAAUAAAGAAACAAAACAAGCUCUGUGGAGAUAGCAGCGUUUGGACAGCAUUUUAGCUUUCUCUGCUACAACAUUACAGCGCCUCUGGCCAUGCCCCUUCGCUGCGCAGGGUGUAUGCGCAUAAUCUGAAGCAUUUGUGAUCUCAUUUAACCUGAUUUUUUUGUAGUCCCCAAAUUCGUUCGCUGUAGGCUUUGCUCCGCUAACUCUGUAAAAACCAAUGUCUCCCUUUGCAUUGAACUUUGAGUGCAUUACAUUCAGAGAUGUUGUUUAUGUUCACACAUCUACAUUACACAUGAACUAAAGUAUGAUGUCAUAGUGGACCACCCCUUUAGGAGUUUACCCACAGGGACUAGGGGAAAGAAGAGUUUUAUUAAAAUAGUCAAAACAUUCAUGGUCAUAUUACACCCUGGAUCAAAUUUAAAUUAUGACUAUUAUGAACCAUUAACAUUUGUUCAUUUACAUUUAGUCAUUUAGCAGACGCUUUUAUCCAAAGCGACUUACAAAUGAGGACAAGGAAGCAAUUUACACAACUAUAAGAGCAACAGUGAACAAGUGCUGUAGGCAAGUUUCAGGUGUGUAAAGUCGAAGAAGCAAAGCAUUAGUAAUGUGUUUUUUUUUUUUUUUUUGAGAGAGAGAGAGUACAGUUAGUGGUAUAGCUGGAGAGGCAAUUGCAGAUUAGGAAGGAAACUGGAGACUAAAUAAUUGAGUUUUUAGUCGUUUCUUGAAGACAAGUGACAGUGUUCAGAUCCUCAUAUCAUUUUAAUUACUGUUCAGCACAUUUUCUCUGCUCAGUUUUUAUGGAACAAAACCAAUCAGCAGACAAACAAUAAAUAUAAACUAAAUAGUAAUGAGUAUACACUACUGCUCAACAGUUUGGGGUCAGUAGGAUUUUUAAAUGUUUUGAAAUAAGCUUCUCCUGCUCACAGAAAUACAGUACAAAUUGUGAAAUGUUGAACUACAAAAUUACUGUUUAAAUGUAGUUUAUCAUUUAAUUUAAUCAUUUAUUCCAGUGAUUAUAAAGAUGAAUUUUCAGCUUCAUUACUCCAGUCUUCAGAGUCGCAUAAUCCUUUAGAAAUCACUCUAUUAUUAUUAUUAUUAUUAUUUUUAUUAUUAUUAAUUCGUUUUCUUUUCGGCUUAGUCCCUUUAUUAAUCCAGGGUCGCCACAGCGGAAUGAACCGCCAACUUAUCCAGCAUAUGUUUUACGCAGCAGAUGCCCUUCCAGCCACAACCCUUCUCUGGGAAUUAUUAUUAUUAUUAUUAUUAUUAUUAUUAUUAUUAAUGGUCAUAGUAAUAAAAGCAAAAAUGACUGGAGUAAUCAUUUAAUUAGAAACUAUAUACAAAAGGAAAGCAGUUAUUUAAAAUUGUAAUAUUUAACAAUCUAACUUUUUUACCUUUAGUAAAUGCCGACUUGAUUAACAGAAUAAUUUUGAAAAACUUUUCAUGAAUAAAAAUAACAAUAAUUUCAUGAAAAAAAACUGACCCCAAACCUUUGAGCGGUAGCAUACUUACAGUGAUUUAAGGGGACAGAUCAUCCAAAAUUAAAACUGUUAUCAUUUACUCACCCUCCACUGCUAAAACAGAAAAGAUCUUUUGAUGCACGUUUACAACAUUCUCCAGAAUAUCUUCAAAAGAGUCUGAUUUGGAAUCACUUGAUGGUGGGUAAAUUUGGUUGAAGAUUAAUAGAUUCAUAUCAUAAAUUUACUUAUGCCAUAAAAUACAAUAAUAAUAUAGUCUUAUGAAUUAUUUAAAUCGCCUAUACAUAAUACUUUCUCCCCCCUUUUUUUGGUUGAUAUUUUAAGGUGCAGUGUUACCUUUCACAUGCAUCUUUUCCCCCAGACUGUCGUGUGAUUAUUUAUCAAGCUUACUAUCUUUGCAUAGAAUGAAAGAUGUUUGUCUGCAGCGUGACACAUUUGACUGUUUAUUAACUUCCAUGUGGCUCGCUGCCUGCAUGCUUUGCAUAUAAUCUCCACUGUGAUCGACCUCUAUGCUGAUCUCCUUGUAAGUGUAAACCAGACGGGGACAAAGACAUCCAGGUUUUUGAUGUAGUUUUUGAUUUCAAUCUAAUCAGGCAAGCAGAUGCUGCACAAGAUAGAGAGGGUACUUGUUCGGUCAUGAUGCUAAUCAGAGCAUCCGAGGCUGUUGAUUUCACUAUUUUCCAAAAGAAAUCGCCAUUGUAAGAACCAGCAUAAUGAAACAUUUCAGUAUUCCUGCAGUUUUGUAUUCAUUUGAAGAUGCCACCGAGGAUUUGAUUGUUAUUCGACGUUAUUUUGUUAUUAAUCUAUCUUAUUCAGAGCAUCUGAUUGCUAUCAGUGCACUGAAAAGAAAUGAUUCGUUGGAUUUGCAAAAACAUUUACAAUUUAUAUGGACUGAAUUUAAACAAAUUAAGUUGAAUAUUCCUAAAUUUAACUUGUGUGUUAAAAUUCAGCCUAUAUAAAUUGUUUGCAACUACUUACCUUAAAAACAUUAAGCAAAUCCAAUGAAGCAUUUUUGACAUUGAGGUUAGUUACAGUCUAAUAUACAUGCCUGACCUGCUAACCAGAGCGUCUCUUUUGUCCUCAUAAAUAAAGGCUAGGAUGUUUACAUUGACCCGUUUAUGUUCCUGUGAUUGAUAACCUUGUAAAUCUAUUGUAAUGAACAUGCAACGCUAAAUUAUUAUGCGAUUUUUCUGUCUCUAUAAAUAUUUUUAUAUUGCGUACACAUUUGUGCACAAAAAGGCUAGCUUUGCAACACUGAGCACCCUGCCAAAAUAUUAUCUAAAAUCCAAAUUUCUAUCUUCACCCGCUUAAUCAGUUGAUGGAGUGAGCUUUGAAGAGCUUUUUCAGCUUGUAAAAAGAUUGUACCUGUUUUGUACUUCUCACGCUGCUAAUAUUCUGAUAUAUGUUUGGAGAAUAGAGAAUUCAUCAGGUCAUUAUGUGGCUCAAAUUGUUGUUGUUACACAGACUGUAAAUGAAAGUCGGUUCUUCCAGGGAAAAGUAAAAGCCUGUUGUUCCUGGUGUCAACGAGAAAAUGUGUGUCACAGAAAAGUAUGACUGAUAUGAUGGUACAUAAAGAUGAUGAGGAUUAAACACUGUUUGAUUAUGUUUGAAAGUGUUACACAGAAUUCUUAUUUAUUUUGUUUCAAGAUGUUAAAUUGUUGAUUUGUCAGCCAUGUUGAAAUGCCAUGUCAGCCUGCAGUAUUUGUAAAACUUGUUGAAAUAUGUUCCCAUUCUAUCUGAAUUUAACAGAACCUUUAUCUUUUUAAAGGUUGUUAGAUAGGUUAAAAAAAAAAUAAAAAUCACAUCACCUUUAACAAACAGCUAAAAUGCAAAUAAAGUGUUUACAUUGCUAUUAAAUCA